UUCCCCUCUCUCUCACUCACUUUCUCUCUCUCACUUUCUCUCUCUAACUCUCAUAAUCUCUGUGAAAGCGUCCCUCCCUUAAUCUUCGCCAUUACGGUCGGACGACAGACCAAACUCUCCUUCAAUCUUCAUACAUGGCUAAAUUUUUCUCCACAGACUUCGCUGUCUACAAGUGGAGGGUCCACUUUCUCCAUUGAAAUCUAAUACAUACCCACAAACCUAAGUGAUGUGCCUAAAACUCACUCUUCUUUUCAUCUUUGCUUAGAAAUUAGAAAAAACCCAUAAAGGUUGAUUGUUUUGAUGGGUACCCAAAAGCCAAUUCUAGUAGAUAAAGGGUUUUUGAGGGAGUCUGUGUUCACAACAAUGUUUAGUUUUGCUAAUUCUUUCUGGGUUUUUUUCUGCAACUUCUUGUUCAAUCUCUUUGGAUUCGUAGUCAAAUUCAUUAUCAGAUUUCAGGCCGAUCAUAGUUCUCAGAAGAAUGAUGAUGAUCAGCAGAUUGAUUCCAAUAUUUCUACGGAAUCGGAGUCUGAAUUGUUUGGGGGCAAAGAAAAUGGUGAGUUCUCUUUUGUGUUUCCGUCUUCAAAUAGCGAAGAUUCCGGGAAAAUUAGUGAUGAAACAGAGAGCUCUGCUUUCAUGGAAAAUGCAUAUAUUCCGAGCACAAGCAAAUAUCAGUGUAUUUCCAAUAAAAAUUUCAGUGGAUUCGUGGAGGAGCCAGAAACUAUGAGCUUUACAAUUCAAGAGCUGUUUGUGGGUUCAAAUGAUGCUUCUUCUACUGUCAAGAAUCAAAAUCAUGACACUGCAGUUCCUGCGAAAAAGGGUUUUCGAGAAUCUGAUUUCGAAGGAAAAUUCGAAGAAUUGAUAGUGGGAUCAAGUGGAGAUUCCAUUGGAAAUACCCAAAUUAUGAGUAUUGGAUUCUCGGAGGUAAAGGGUUUUCAGGGAUUUGAUUUGGGGGCAGAGGAGGUUGAUGAGGGAAAAGCAGGGGACUCUGUUCAAACCCUGUGUAGAAAAGAGGUUUUAGAAAAGCAAGAAAAAGUAAAUUCCACUGAAGAUGAUCUUUAUGAGAAUAAAGACCUGGAUGACUUGGAAAAUUAUUCUUUGGGAAAGCAUGAUUUCUCUAAUGAAGUUGAAUUGCUUUCCGGUAAUCACAUCUUGCUAUUCGAUGAAAAUCCUGAUUUAAAUAGUUCAAGCGAUGAAUCCUCAAUUAGCAACACCAAAACUGAUUCAAUUGGUGAUGAAUUUUUGAAGGAUAGGAAUGAAGGAUCCGAACCGGACACUCCUAUGCCCACCGAUGAGGAGAAAUCAGAAUUUAUUGAAAAUUUUCAGGGUUUGGAAAAUAUUGAUGUGGUAAGUGAUAGCGGCAUUUCAGAUGAUGAAGCAGUUGUUAUCAGAGAGAAAGCAGAGGAUAGUGAUGAUGAGUACAUAGAAUUGGAACCCAAUUUGCACAAUUCUAUUGACUUUAUUAAAGGUAAAGACUUAGACAUGGUUGAGGAUAAAAAUGAAGUGGAAAAUACAUGUUGUAUAGGGUUGAAAUCAAUGGAAAGUGAAGAAAAACCCGGACACCCCAGCUCGGGGAGGAAAGGGUGGGACUCGGAUUCUGAUGAAGAGGAAGAUGGACAGGAGAUAUUGUGGGAGCACAAGGAUUUGAUAGAGCAGAUGAAAAUGGAAAUGAAGCAUGCAAGAAGUAGUAGAGGGCUUUUUACAAUCUUAGAAGAAUCAGAGACUCCAAAGAUGAUGGAUGAUUUGAAGCCACUAAAAAUUGAUGAAAAGUUGGAGCACAAAGACUAUAUGGAAGAGAUUCAGAAGGUCUACAAGAGCUAUGCAGAAAGAAUGCGAAAAUUAGACAUCUUGAAUUACCAAACCAUUCAUGCAAUCAGUUUUCUCCAGCUAAAGGACUCAAGCCAACUAACAUUCAGCCAAAAAUCUUCAGCUUCAACAAUCAAAUCCCUUCUUUUUCCAAACAUUUGGCCUGGCAAAUUGCGAAGAAUCUAUGCUGAUCCAACACUUAAGUCCAUUAAUGAAAUGCAUAGAAACUUGGAAUUGGUGUAUGUUGGACAAGUUUGCCUUUCUUGGGAAAUCCUCCAUUGGCAAUAUGGAAAAGCAAACAAGUUGGUAGAACAUGAUUCUGAAGGGUAUCGGCCGUAUAAUCAAGUGGCCGAUGAAUUUCAACAGUUCCAAGUUCAUGUGCAAAGAUUUAUAGAGGAUGAGAAAUUUCAAGGGCCCAGGGUUGAAAACUAUGUCAAAAACCGAUGCAUGCUUCGUACCCUUCUCCAAGUUCCUGCCGUCAAAGAUGAUAGUUUGAAAGAUAGGAAGGAAAGUAGAGCAGAGGAAAAAUAUGCGAUUUUAAUUGCAAUGCUGGAAGAUAUCGUUGAGGAAUCAAUGCGCAUUUUCUGGGAAUUUCUUCGUACUGAUAAAGAUCAGGCUAAUGUGAUGUUAACGGGUACUCAGAAAACUCAUGUUGAACUGCAAAACCCUUCAGAUUUGGAGCUUCUAGUGGAUGUUAAAGCAAGUCUUCAGAAGAAGGAAAGGAGGUUUAAAGAGAUAGUGAGAAGUGGAAAUUGCAUAGUAAAGAAGUUCCAAAAACAACAAAAAGAUAAAUUAAUUGGUGCUCAGUUCUUUGCUCAGGUAGAAUUGAGAUUGGUGGCAAGAGUUCUGAAUAUGUCAAGAUUAACGACAGAUCAAUUAGUAUGGUGUCAAAGGAAAUUAAACAGAAUUAACUUUGUAAACAGAAAGAUUCAUGUAGAAUCCUCUUUUUUGCUUUUUCCAUUUUGAAUGUUGCCACUAUACCACUGUGUUUCCUGUAUAUCCCUUCCCAUAGAAAAGAAGGUUAGAAUAUUAGAAUUGUCACCAAACGGACUAGCUUGUUACUGCUGUUUUGCGGAUAUGUAUAUAUUAAAAUUGUCUCUCAUUGCCAAGAA